GAGGGGGGCGGGGGGGAGAGGGGCAUAUAAUGGAGCACAUCAUAACACCCAAGGUAGAGCAAGUGAAGUUCCGGGACCGGUUUACGAAUAAGAAACCAGCAGUGGGAACACUUUACUUAACCGCAACACAUUUAAUUUAUGUAGAAUAUUCAGCAGAACUUCGGAAAGAGACCUGGAUUUUGCAUCAUCAUAUUGCGGCAAUAGAAAAGCCAGCCUUGACUGCUGCAGGAUGCCCACUGCUGAUUCAUUGCAAGAACUUCAGAGUUGCCCACUUUGUUAUUCCUCGAGAACGUGACUGUCAUGAUGUUUACAGUUCGUUGCUCAGACUGUCACAACCAGUGUCGUAUAAGGAACUGUAUGCUUUCUCGUAUAACCCCAAGCAAAAUGAAACCAAUAGAGGAGGAGGAUGGAAAGCCAUAGAUUUAAAAGAAGAAUUUCAACAUAUGGGAGUGCCCAAUGAUUACUGGGAACAAACUGAUGCAAAUGAAGGUUAUGAGAUCUGCAAUACAUAUCCAACUUUACUGUAUGUUCCAAGAGGAGUCAGCAAAUCGCUAAUAAUGGGCAGUUCAAAGUUUCGAAGCAGAGCACGAUUUCCUGUGCUUUCAUAUUUUUUCAAGGAAAACAAUGCUGCCAUAUGUAGGUGUAGUCAGCCACUGUCAGGGUUCAGUGCCAGAUGUGUAGAGGAUGAACAGAUGCUGCAGGCCAUCAGCAAGGCCAAUCCAGGAAGUCCUUUCAUGUAUGUUGUAGACACGAGACCAAAGCUAAAUGCCAUGGCAAACCGUGCUGCUGGGAAAGGGUAUGAAAAUGAAGAUAAUUAUUCCAACAUUAGAUUCCAGUUCAUUGGUAUUGAAAACAUACAUGUGAUGCGAAACAGCUUACAAAAAUUGUUAGAAGUAUGUGAACUGAAAGCCCCAUCAAUGAGCGAUUUCCUCACAGGGCUGGAAAAUUCAGGGUGGCUGCGUCACAUCAAAGCUGUCAUUGAUGCUGGUGUCUUUAUUGCUAAGGCGGUAGCAGAGGAAAAUGCUAGCGUGUUGGUGCAUUGUUCUGAUGGGUGGGAUCGCACAGCACAGGUUUGCUCAUUAGCUGGCCUACUCCUGGACUCUUACUACAGGACAAUUCAUGGAUUCAUGGUUCUUAUAGAAAAAGACUGGAUUUCAAUUGGCCACAAAUUCUCCCAAAGAUGCGGACAUCUCGAGGGUGACCCUAAGGAAGUUUCCCCAGUGUUUACACAGUUCAUUGAAGGUGUCUGGCACUUAAUGGAACAGUUUCCCUGUGCUUUUGAAUUUAAUGAGAAGUAUCUACUGGAGAUCCAUGACCAUGUCUUCUCCUGCCAGUUCGGCAACUUUAUUGGGAACUGCCGAAAAGAACGUCAAGAUAUAAAAAUUCAAGAAAAGACUCAUUCCCUGUGGCCAUUCCUUUUAGAGAAGCAACAUCUGUAUCAGAACCCCCUGUAUAAAGCCAGUGUCACGAAUGUUGUGUUGAAGCCUAAUACUGCUCCCUUUAACUUCAAGUUCUGGUGUAGUAUGUAUAACCGUUUUGAUAAAGGGAUGCAUCCAAAACAAUCAGUGCUGGAUUGUCUUCUGACCUCAAUGAAAUGCAACGUUGAGCUGAAGGGAAGUGUAGAAGAUCUUAACCAGAAACGAAUUCAACCGGAUGGGUCACAAUCUGAUAUCGCCUGUGUCUUAUCUAAGAAACUUACCAUUCAAGAAGCAUCUUCCCAGCUACCAGUACUUGAUACUCUUCAGGAAUCUGGCCAUGGACAGCAGUCUCUUUUAGCAAAUGGCGCAAUAGAGGUAACAGAAGAUAUUGCUGAUGGGGACAAAGAAAGGAAAUCUGUCACAGAUUCUUCAUUCUUCAAGAUUCAACCUACUAAUUGUGACUCUGUGCUUGAGUUAGACACCUGUGCACAAACAGAUGGGGAAAACCAUCCAACUUCCCAAGAUACCGUUGUAGAUAAUUAAUUGAACUGUGUUCUCAAGUAAACUGUAGAUAUGUUUACAUAAUAUUUACAAAGAAAUUUCAACUGUUAGGUUCUGCAAUAGUAUGUCAGAAAGGGAUAAUGUCAUGAAAGACUAAGAAAGGGAAUAGAUUCCAGUUCUGCCAGGUAUGGCUCAUUGAACGACAACCCUUUGUUCAUUUGUUAAACAUGGGCUGAUGCUGUAUCUCCUGUGACUAACUUGAAUCUUCUUUGUUGCAAAUUAACAGGAGGACAUUUUUGUAUGUUUAUACAUUUUUCUCUGCCAAGUUGUUAUACUACUGUUCAGUUACUAAAACUGUCAGUUUCUAAAGACCAAUACAAACGGGAGGCUUUAUAGCAAUGUUUUAAGAAUUCCUAUUGAGAAAAGCACAGUUGUUGGUGAGCAAUUGCCCUACAUGUCGUCUUGUUUAGAUAUAAGAUGGGUAGUUUUAGAUGAAUUUGUUUUUCGAUGAAUGAGUAUUUGUUCUGUUGUACUUAUUUUUAUAAGAUUUUUUAAAAAAUUUGGUCGAAUUUCUUUCAUGUAUAAUUCAAGAUAACGGAUUUCUGAUUUGCUAAACAGUAUUAGGGAUGAGCAAAAGGCUUUUCAAUCUCCUGUUCAGUUUUGUCAUGGGCAAUUCAUCACUUUGUUGUUUUUAAAAAUCUGCUUCAAAGGUAGUUGCACUAUUUUUGCCAAGUAGUCACUGGGUGCUAAUUUCUUUCUUGAUUGUGAAGAAACUUGACUUUGUGGGAUUCAGUAAUUCUUUUCUAGUCUUUAUUCUUAAUCUGCAUUCAUGAAAACUUUUUUUUAACUUUUCAGAGGCUUUUUUAAAACUAUUUGUAGAGUGAUCCUUUCACAGUAUAACACGCAUCCUUUCAGUCAGCGCACCUCUCCCAUUGAUCUUAGACAAUCCCCUUCACUACUUUUGCUCCUAGAAUUCCCCUCACUUGUUUUUUCUUCCAGAUCUCUUGCUCAGAACCUGCGUUCAUAUUGUUUUUCUAUAUUCCUGUCAUUCAAUCUCAUGUUUUUAACCUCUUUCAUCUUGCACGGUUUUUGUGAGGGGAUUCUGUUGCUCAUAUCCACAUUUGAAUUAAAAUUGCAUCACAUCAAAUCUUGGCAUGCUGUACUGAGAGCAGCCACCUGCACUGUCUUACCAAACAGAUCUUUUAAUUUAAAGAUGAUGAUUGGUCUUACCUUCCAGAACAUUUUCAAUUCUGAAAAACAUCUUGAAUAAUUUGAUGCCAUUCUUCCAUUUUUUGGGGAAAAUUUUUACUGCGCAGGCGAGAGCUUGUCACCAUCUUACAAACCUCCACAGCUUGAUCUGCGAACAUUCAAUAGAUGACCAAUAAUAUUAAGUUUUUAAAACCCACAAAUGCACCAAUAUUGAUGGUGCAUUGAUGCGUUUUAAAAACUUAGUCAGUGACAUGACCAAAUAAUAUAAAGCCAUUAGUAUGCCAUAUCCAAUUAUAUUGCCAACUGAGAAAAAUGAUUGUUGCAAUAAACUUGGAGAAAUGUUUUAUUAAUGCCAUAAACUACUGCAAAAAAACAGUAUUUUCAUGAUUCUUAGGAUGG